UAAAUUGAAAAGCAGUGAUCCGCGUCUUCACUUUUUAAAAUGGACUUGAAAGAGCUGCCGUGGAGGAUGCAAGAGGUCUACGGUUUGGAAACGACGCAGGGACGAAAAGCCAGCAACUGAGACUCCUGGACCAACACGCUUCUCCCAGCAUGGCCUCAGCCCUGGAGAACAGCUGCUCCAUGGAGCUGAGCGGCUGGAACAGCAGCAGCGCGAGCGGCGCCGGCGCCUCGGUGCCCUGCAACCAGAGCAUCCUGAAGCUCGCCCCUUACUCCCCGGAAGCCACGGCGGCCUUCGCCACUGCCAUAACCUUGAUGGUCAUCUUCACCAUCGUGGGGAACAUCAUGGUCAUCAUAGCCGUUCUGACGAGCCGGGCUCUCCGGGGACCGCAGAAUCUGUUCCUCGUGUCUCUGGCCGCCGCGGACAUCCUGGUGGCCACACUCAUCAUCCCCUUCUCCCUGGCCAACGAGCUGCUCGGCUACUGGUACUUCAAAUCCUUGUGGUGCGAGAUCUACCUGGCGCUGGACGUGCUGUUCUGCACCUCCUCCAUCGUGCACCUGUGCGCCAUCUCGCUGGACCGCUACCUGUCGAUUUCCCGGGUGACGUACGGCCGCCAACGGACCCCCAAACGCAUCAAAGCCGCCAUCGUGGUGGUGUGGCUCAUCGCCGCCACCAUCUCCUUCCCGCCCCUGCUCUCGCUGAACAAAAGCGAAGGAGGGGAGGAGGGCAGCGAGAGAGGCCCCCAGUGCCAGCUGAACGACGAGCGCUGGUACAUCCUCUACUCCACCAUCGGCUCCUUCUUCGCGCCGUGCGUCAUCAUGAUCCUGGUCUACGUGAGAAUCUACCAGAUCGCCAAGCAGAGGACGCGCUGCCCGCCGGGAGAGCCCCGGAAGGACGGAGUGGUCUCCGCCAAGCCGGGUCAGCCCCCUCAACACGUGGAAGCCAACGGGAAGGAGGAGGAAGAGAGCACGCCCCCUUCAUCCAACAAGACCUCCAACAUCAGACCCCCCACCCUUGCCGUCACCCCUUCCCCUCACCUAGGGAACACUCAAACCACCCAGAGUCCCGCCUCCAUUAACCUAUUGCAACCUCCCUCCCCUUCUCUAGCCAUGACCCCUCUCAUGACCUCCAUUGACACCUCUCCCCGCGAGCCCUCGAGCCCCACCUCCUCCGUGCCACAGCCCGCCCCUGCCAAUCCUAACGAGAAGAAGGGGAAGAAGGGGAAGAAGAUCAAGCAGCAGGUAUGUAAAAAAGCCGACAACAACAACGGCGACAGCUCGACCACAGAGAGCGACAACGAGCACAGCCACGGCGGAGGCCACGGUGGCGCCAGCAUGCCGGGGUCACCGGGCGGGAUCCACUCUCCGGCCUCGGUCAAGCUCUACCGGGACAUGAUCGUUAACUCGAAGGGGAGUCGGCUGGUGCCCGGAAGUAAGUCCAAGACAGACAACAACCCCGGGACGGCGAGGCGCAAAGCGAUGGUCAACCGCGAGAAGCGGUUCACGUUCGUCCUGGCGGUGGUCAUCGGCGUCUUCGUGGUGUGCUGGUUCCCGUUCUUCUUCUCCUACUCCCUGCAGGCCGUGUGCCCGGAGACGUGCGUCAUCCCCGGGCCGCUCUUCACGUUUUUCUUCUGGAUCGGCUACUGCAACUCCUCGCUCAACCCGGUCAUCUACACCAUCUUCAACAAAGACUUUAGAAAGGCCUUCAAAAAGAUAGUGUGCAGAAGCACCAAGGGCACUUUCUUUUAGCAGAAACACGCACUGGACACGCACACAGAGGAAAGAAAUGCAAUUUUUUGAGGCAUGGUAGAAAAUAAAUAAUUUCCAUUUUUUCCAGAAAACUCAAAGGGCUGACUCUUUUUUACAAGCCCCAGUGUGUACGAAAAAGGCAACUUUGACUGUGAAACGGCAGCUUGCAGCAGACACACACACACACACAUAUACUUUUUUACAAGAUGUGGGUGGACAGCAGGACAUGGAGUCUGGAGUAAUUUCGCUUUGAUUUCAAAGUUUUAUCUCCGGAUCACAUUUGACUACAUGAUGCUCCGCGGUGCAGAAAAAGGCCAGAGGGGUGUAAGAAAAACCACUGAGAAUUAAUUGAAAUAGAAGACAGUUAAUUCAUGAUAUGUGAGGGGCUUUUUCUCCCAGUUAUGGACCAAAGGGGGAAGAAAACAAGUAAGAAGAAGAAAAAGUGACCUUAGAUCCUUUGUAUUGAUUUAUUCAUCAAUACAAGUGGGGGAAGUUACCUGUAAUUUCUCAUGCCUGCAGUCGAGCCCUGUGGUAAACAUGUGUUCCCUCUAUUUUUAACCCAACAACAAGGUUUCUGAUGAUUUUCAAAUGUGACAGUGCAGAAAAAAAAGUGGACAGCUGAAAUCGUGGGACUGUCAUAAGGAGGGCGUCAGACAACUCUGCCUCUUUUGGUGGGCGUCGGUCUAGAACGGACACUCAGGUUGUUUGUAAUGACACUCUUGGCUUUUUACGGCCUUUUAAUGAAAGACACAAAACCCGGACUGCCACACAGGUUGGACUGGACUGAGCGCUCCUGCCAAUAAACUCAGUAUUUUGAACACUUAAGAGACAUCACAAUCUGUUCCUGAGCCUCUUGAAAGUGCUCCAGACGUUAUAUCGAAACAAAAGUUAUAUAACAUCUGCUGAAGACUGAAAGAGAAAAAAAAAGAAAAAUAUUCUUCUUAUUCAACAUUGUUUUUCCGGAAAUCUCAGUUGACAUUUCCAUUGCCGGUAAAGGACGGAUGAACAAUGCGAUUCCGGAUGUGUGAUGUUGGUCCUAAUCACACCUGAACGGGGCUCACUGAGCGCCCUGUGGCUGAGUCACUCUUUGCCAGCGCCUGCAGUGGGGCGUUGCUUCAGAGAUGAGGGGCGACAGUAUCAAUGGUGCGUUUCUUUAUUUUGUUCUCGCCAUGAGACGAGGCUCUUCUGUUAGCUUCCUCGACCUAAAGAAAAAGAAAAGAAGAAAAAAAGCAUGUCUUGUGUUUGUGAACAGCACACCGGCUUAUCGAAUCCAUGGGACAAGGGCUGUCAGCAAGGACACUCAGUUUAUUACUCGUCUAAUACUGCUGACCUGUAUGAGUGUGUGUAUGUGCGUGUGUGCAUGUGUGUGUGCGUGUGCGUGUGUGUGUGUGUGUAGGGGUAGUUGCGCGUUGACUUUGUUCUUUUUGUGUCAUUGCCUCUUCCGGCCGCUUUGUGCUGCAGAUCUACUGUAAUAUUGAUGUAUGUGAUGAACUGAGUCCAGAUUUCCUGCUGUAGGCGGCACUUUGUGAAUGUUCCUACUUGACGGACAGGUCGGCGGCGCAGGUGGUGUCACUGAACCGAGGGUCCGUUCAGUGAUCGCCCUCAGGGGACCAAAGAGCCUCGCAGGACACCAGCCUUGAGGUGUGACCUGUGACCUGUGACUGGAAGGCAAAGGUUGAAAAACACUGUAUUAUUUAUUUCACAAAUGUUUUUUUUUCUGUGUUUUCUAUUUAUUGUUCUGUUUUAUUGUGCUUUUAUUCUGAAAGUGAAGAGAAACAAAAGUAAAAGUGAAACAGAUCGACGAUCAAAAAGUGAGAACACUGUACAGAAGCUUGACUAUAAGAACACAAUGGAUUUCAUGCUAUAGAGCUUUUGCUUUUAGAAGUUGAGGGGGAGCGCAUUUUACUUUUAUGCAUAAUGCAGCAACUACAAUGCAACAACUUCUCAUUUAGUUUCAUCUGGUUAGAGCACGGUUUAAAAAUAAAUAAGAAAAAAAGGGUGAAAUCGGAGACACGAGCACAUGUGGAUGAACAAUCUAUAUCGAGCACAGCGCAGCAGGAAGAAGUUUCUCCCCAGCACUGCUCUGCAAAACUUUUCCUGGAGAAGUAAUCAAACAGGAACGAAGCCAACUGCGGCCCGGCGCCAGUUUCAGUUGGAUGAUUUGCUUCAUGCGGGACAUUGAGGCUGCUCUCCAAACCACAAAGGAGACGCUUGGAGACUCAAAUAACUGCCUGAAACAAAAUGUCUGAGAGCGAGAGGCGCGAAUACAACUGCUCGCUUUUCUCUCGACAGCUACGGCGACGCCACAGAGAGGCCGCCGAUUCACGACCGUUUCCAAUAAAUCUGAGUUGCUAUGCUCAACCCCCCCCCCCCUCCCCCCCAUGGCUUUAUGUGUUGAGACUGCUGCUUUGUUUAUUAUAUUAAGAAUGACUUAUAUGGCUUACAGUUGACAGACACAGUAAUCUGCCUCUCGGUCGCCGUCCUCUCUUCUGAAAACGCCUGUAUUGUCUCUUCUCCUGCUGCGUUUGGACCAUAACUGCACGGUCUGAGUUUUACGAUGCUCCCCCCCCCUCUCUCUCCCCAUCUGUCAUCAAAACCCUGCAGUUGAGACAAAUAAAGCAACUUG